UUCGGAACUUCUCUAACUUUUUCCUAGCUUAGGAAUGGAAUGUUUUCGAUGACAACAAAAAUGGCUACAAAGAAUGAGAGAUCAUAGAUUUUAUCCUUGAUUGUAGGCCUUAUGGAACACAGAAACAGCACUUAGGCAGAUCAAAUAUAAAGAAACGAAUUCAAGAAGACCAACAUGGAGCCUGACCCUGAUGAGGUUAUAAACCCAGGGUCGGAGUCACUGGCCUGGAGCAAAGAGCAUGAGGAGAGGGCCAAAGGCAGACACCCCUCAGCUAAGUAUACCAAGUUUUCAGAGCAUGCCCGGUCCUUGAUUUCGGGCGAGAGGCAGUGUGCUUUGUUCUGUGGGGGCAAAAAAUGCAAAUAUUGCACCUCAGAAAACUGGACAAUCGACCAGAUGGCGAUAGAGGGACUCUAUUCCAACUGGGUGACAGACAACAUACUAGCCAUGGCUAGACCAUCCACCAAACAAAUGAAGGAACACAAGAUCCUGGAGCAGUUUCACAAAAAUGACAUCAAGAGUGUGCUGAAUCUCCAGAAGCCAGGGGAGCACGCAGACUGUGGGGAGGGGCUAGAGAAGGCAGGCUUCUCAUAUGACCCCCAGCUAUUGAUGGAUAAUAACAUUUUCUUCUACAAUUUUGGAUGGCCAGACUAUGGUGUAGCUGCCCUCAGUACUAUCCUUGAUAUGGUCAAGGUCAUUCAGUUUGGAGUGUCAGAGGGCAAGGUCGCUGUCCACUGCCAUGCUGGUCUUGGUCGGACUGGCGUGAUCAUUGCCUGUUACUUAGUGUACACCAACAGAAUGUCCGGCUCUGAAGCCAUUCAUUAUGUCAGAUCUCAAAGGAAAGGGGCCAUACAAACCAGAGGACAGAUGCAAUGUGUACAAGAAUUUGAACAGUAUCUCAAGCCUUUCAGAGUGGUGUUUGCCUCAAGAUCUAGGGUGAUGAAGAAGACUGGAAUAACUAAUUGGUCAGCUGGUUCACAUGAAUUCACACUACAGCAGUAUCUGAAUCGUCAGAAACACAUACUUCAUGGUUACGAGGCCAGGAAAUUGAAACAUGUGCCAAAGGUAAUAUAUGUAGUUUGUGAAAAGCUCCUACAGUUGGCUAGCCUAGGACAGUCCUUAAAUAAGUUCAGCUCGAGCAGCAGGCGCUUGACUCAAAGUAGCAUGAUGUCUGUACAGCUAGAGGAAGCAACAACCGAGUCUACUCAACGCAGUGGAUCAGACAUUUCUCUGAAAACCUCCACACAGAAUGGCAAGUCUUCUCAAAGGUUGAACUUCAGUAUAAGCGUCCCAGAGGGCCAAACCACGGGCGGUGGCAAAAUACCAAGAAAUGACUCGAACAAUUCGCUGCAGACUCAUAAGAUAUCAAGACCACCACUGAUGAAAAAUGGUAGUGUGAGUAUGGAGGACCUCAGUGAUGAAAAGUUAAAAGCAGUUUUAAAAAUCAGUGAAAAUAAUGAUUCGGACAGUAAUUCCUCUCGCGAACCAUCUAUAGCCUCGAGACAGAAUAGUGAGAUGGCCGAGAUCACCUCCACAGAUGAGCUGCUGGGCUCCACCUGCGUGGUGCUGUCAGUUAAACAAGUGGUGGAGGCACUGUCUGCAACGGAGAUCAGCGACGAACAGUUCGCUCAGGCGGAACAUUUAGAGACAAAGCUGAAUGAGAAUGAGGAUGCUUGGCAUGACCUAGUUCUGGAAAAUGACCCAGUUGUGCUGGCACAGGUCAUGUGGGAUUGGCUGGAUCACCUCAAGGUUCCUGUCUUAAGAGCCCAAGAUCUGACAUUGAUGGCACAAUUCUCAGAUGAUCCCGAUACAGGUCUCCAAAAACUAGAAAAGGGUACGAGAUUUACUUUGGAAUAUCUGAUCAAGAUAGUGGAAAAACUAAAACCAAUGGACAAGAGCACUGAGAACAGGGUGUUGGAGAAACUUCUGUCUUUUCUCACACAUCAGUGGGUGACCAUAUCAGACUCGAUGGCCAACAGUACGGACAGCUGGUCCAUGUCCACGCGGAGCAGCGACGUCGAUGAGGAUCACCAUUGGGGCACCAUGAAGCUGGGCAUGUCCGCAAAGUUGUAUGCAUUUGUCAGAAAUAUCCAGCAAAAAUUAGCUAGCAGCUCCACAAGUUAACCAUGUAACAAGUCAUAAUAAUGGUUUUCUUUUUUUUUUAAAUGGCUUUUUGAUUUUAGAAUUUGUUAUAUGAAUUGCAUUUUUUAAUUGAUUUCUUUUUUGGGGCUAUGAAGAGAUAUGGUGCACACUGCAAUAUGAUAUUAUUGUGAAUCAAUAAGAAUGUUAAUGUACUUCAAAUGUUUUUUUUUUUUUGGUUUUUAGUUUCCUUAUUCUUAUUUCCUACUUAGUACACCUACUUUUAUUCAAGCAUCCCCAGGACAUUAAUUAAUAAUUAUUUAAGGGUACUAGACCACUGAAUAAUCUCUCCAUAAACUUCUGGGAUAUCUUUAAAGUUAAGUUUUUGAUAAUAGUUACAAUUAUUUUUACAUAGCCAAUAAUUAUACUACUGUGCAGAGAAAUUGUGACUUAGAAAUUAGAACCAAAGGCCUUAUGUGCUUGAAAUCUGAAGGCCUUGGGAACCAGGCUGCCAGGCUAAUGAAGUAAAGGAAACCAAGUUAAGUUCUUUUUUCAGAGACCACUGAAUAGAGAGAUUCAUGUUUGUGCAUAAUAAGUUCAUUAAUAUAGUAUUCAUAUAUUAAUUUCGGGUUCUGAAGCCUUCUCUAACUGCAUUGAAAUUCAUUUCCCACUAAUUUUGUCUCUUUCUUACGAUUAUGGUUUUACCACAAUGGCAUGCAAAAUUCUUUUUUUUUAUCAGUAGUUUAUUUAGAGACUCCCUCUAUUACUAUUCACUUUUUUGCUAAAGCACUGGUAUAUGGGGUCUUUAAUUUCAAAACCAGGGUAUGGACAUAGAACAUGGAAGUGUGCAGCUCAUUUUAUGUUUGGGUCUAACUGCUAAGAACUUGCAGGCAUUAAUAACAAUCUUUAAUUGCCAUUUUAUUUAAGCAUAUAUUGCAUGCAAUACUAUCAAUUUAUACACUUGAAGGGGCGUGGUAGCAUGCAGUUUGUGUUUAAAUGUACACAUUUUAUAUUUUCAAAUUUAAGUAGUUUAGAUGCUUGACUAAAAUAUUUUCAACAGUUAACCAAAAACUUGAAAGUCAUAAUUCAAGGGAGGCACGAAACUCAAAAUUCUUUGUUAUGUAAACAUGCCUUGUUUUGUGUACUACUUAAUGGUAGCUGAAUAGAAGAAAGAAAGUGUUUAAAACUCGAAUUUAAAAAAAAAUGAUAGAAGACAAACACUUUAUUCUGUUUAUAUAUGUUUUUAUAAGCAACAUGCAAAUGAAAAAAAAAGAUAAAUAAUGGUUUCUUUACAAUAUACAAGCAACAAAGGAAAACGUGGCAACCAUCUUUAAGUUAACAUAACGAAGAAUUGUGAGUGUGUACAUCACAUAUAUCUCAACACAGGACAUUCACAUUUUAGUUAUUUUUGAAAAUAUCUGAGCAAAGCGUUGUUAACUAUAAGAAU